AUGGAUGAAGUAAUGGAUAAAGUAAUAGAUGAAGUAAAGGAUAAAGUAAUGGGUAAAGUAAUCCCUAUUAUUAGAACCCUCAAUCGUAAUGGAGUAUUAGAAGUUGAUAAUUUUGAAGAUGAAAUGGAGGUUACAGAGAAAUUAAAUUUAAUUUUUAAAAUAUGGAGAAAAGAAAAACUAAAGACUUCAAUCAAACAAGAGGGAAUCGUAGUUAAUUUGAUUAAAUUUACAAAAACACUUUUACCAAAUACACAUAUGAAUAUUUAUUUACUAUUAUCAAGAAUAUCAAAUGAACAUAUACCAUAUCAUCAAAAUGAAACUAAAGAAAUCAUUUCAUAUUUCAAUUCAUUAACAUCAGUAACUUUCAUUGAUUUCUAUAUAUUAUUCAAUUUAAUUAAAUAUCCAUCCUUUAAAGAAUCUGCUAUUUAUUUUUUAUCAAAAUAUAUAAAAGAAUUUUAUUUAACAACUGAUGAAAAUGAUAAUAUACAUAUAAAUAGCACAAUAGUAAAUAUGAUAUAUGCAUCAUAUGGCAUUGAAAUGGUUUUUUUAAGGAGAAUAUGUCUCAAACAAGUUGAUCAAGAUGAUAAAUUAUUUAAAGAGAAAUUCAUGGAAUUAUUAUUCAAUACUAUCAGUCUAUACGAUAAUUUAAUAAUUCAUAAAGAUAGAAAAAGAAAUGAUAAAAUCAAUAAAAAUCAUAUUUAUUUCGAUCAAGAAUUUCAAACUGAAACUGGUUAUGAUCAAAAUGAAUUAAAUAAUUAUUUCACUGAAUUAUUUAAAAAUAUUUUUCAUAUAGUAUGUAUAAAUAGUAAUAAUAAUAGUAAUAUUAAUAGUAUUUAUAAAGAACUAAUAGAUUGUUAUGGUUGGAUAGUAUUUGCAAUUAAAAGUUAUUUUGAUAUUUUCUUUGAUUCUAAUAAUGAUUCAAUCAUUCAUAAUCUCUUUUCAAAGAGUUUAAUUCAUAUUUUAAAUGAUUCAUUAAUUAAUUAUCAUGAUCAUUUAAAUUGUUUCCAAUAA